AUGGCUGCCAAACUAAUAUCAAAUGAAACACUCGAUAAACUUCGAGCUGUUCAAUCGUUAAGCCCUUGUAAGUGUAAGCAGAACUUCAGAUAAAUUCAAAAAUGUAAUUUCAGCACUCUGGUCAUUUUCAUCAAUUCGAUUUCAAACUGCACUUCUAAUUUCUUGCGCAACAAUUGUUUUUGGACUUAUGCGAACAUGUUUCGGAAUGGCUAUGGUGGAUAUUGUUAGUAUGUAUGUGAAUUUUGCUUUUUGGAGGGGAAAGAUAGCCUAACUUUCAACAGCUUCUUGUUAUAAAAUGAUUUUUGUAGGAAUAAUCAAUCGGACACAAGUCUUCAUAUGAAUUGGACAACAGAUCAACAAGCACAAAUUCAUACCUCAUUUUAUAUCGGAGCUUUUAUCGCUGUUUUUAUUUCAGAAUAUCUUUCGAAAAAGUGAGUUGGUUUGGCUGUAAACUUCAAUCUAACUAAGAAAAUAUUUUUUCCAGAAUGGGCCCCAAGAAUUUGCUAUCCUUCGGCCUAAUUCUCAACAUAAUUGGCUCAAUUCUAACCCCAUUCAUCGCAUUUUCCUUCCGUCACUACCUUCUAAUCGUCGCAAUUCGAUCAAUAAUGGGCUUCGGCUACGGUUUCCUGAUUCCAGCCGGCAGUGUUCUGAUCUCAAAAUGGUUUCCAAUCGCCGAAAAAAGUUCAGCGAUGGCAAUCUUCACGACUGGAAAUCAAAUCGGAAUAUCAGCAUCGAUGUUUUUAACCGCCAAAAUUUGUCAACUUUCAUAUUUCGAAGGUUGGCCAAUGGUUUUCAUUUUGUAUGGGAUUGUUGGAAUUAUAUUCUUGUUUAUUUGGCAGACAAGAAUUGCUGAUAAACCAAGAUUAUCGAAAUAUAUCACAGCAACUGAAUUGAGUUAUAUCAAAGGUGGAAAACAGAGAAGACCGAGGGCUGACACUAUUAUUAGACCUACACCAUAUAAAAAGGUUAGAACAAAAAAAUCGCUCUGAAACGGGAUCGAACCCGUGACUCUUCCCUCCAUAUUCACCCCUCUAACCAGCUGAGCCAUCUGGGGAAGAAAAAUGAGCUUGAAGGAUGUAGGAACAUGGUUCAGACCUAAUUUUUCACGUAGAUCACGAUUUAGAAGGUCCCGAGGCCUGAAAAUCACUAGAAAAAUGAGAAAUGAUCUUUUCUUGCAGAUUCUACUAAAUGGAUGUGUGUUCGCAAUUUGUGCGUGCUCAUUUGCUCAAAGUUUUGUGAUAGUUGCUCUCGUCACAUAUCUCCCAAAAUACAAUAAAAUUGCGAUGGGAAUGAGUUUGACGCAUGUGAGUUUCCGGUUUCAUUUUUUGAUGAAACAUGUGAUUUAUGCACUGAUAAAACAACAAAAGACACUAAAUGAUCACGAAAGGCAGCUGAUUUUUAAUUAGGGAUUAAUUAGGAAUUAGGAAAAAUGGAGAACAUGACAAUUUGUGAGACGCAGAGACAAAACACCGAAAUAAUUUUCGUUUCGAGACCAAGCGCGGGAAAUUUUUUUGAAUUCAAAAAUUUUACCCGCGUUUUUUUGCACUUUUCAAAAAUAAAAAUAUCACGUGAACUUGUGAGUUUAAAAUUUAACUUUUUUCGCUGAUGACAGGUGUAAACGCGGAGUAUUGUUGUUAAUAAGAAUUUGAAUUUCAAAACUUGCAGAAUGCAAUUUGGUCAUCAAUCCCAUUUGUGAUUCAAAUGUUCACCAAACUUCUCUUCGCAAUCAUCGCCGAUAAAAUCAAACAGCGAAAAAUUGAUGUGACAACAGUAACAAAAGGUGCAAAUGCGAUCGCAAGUUUUCUAAGCGCAAUUUUCAUUGUAAUCGCAACAUCUUUGCCACUUGAUCAAACAGAAUUGAUACAAAUUAGUAUUAUAAUUUCGAUGGCAAUGUUUUCGGCAUAUGUUCCUGGUUAUAAUACAUCUAUUGUGACUGUUGCACCGCAAUUCACCGCAUUUAUAUCGUCUUAUGCUCAAAUGUAUGCGCAGACUGGCAGCACUUUGGCACCGAUUCUUAUUGGAACUAUUACAAGUCAUGUGAGCCUUUUUCAAAACUUUUUUUUUCGAAAAAAAUAUCUGAACACCAUUUUCAAUCGAAAAUAUAAAAAAAUUUUGAAACAGUGAAAUUUUUAAGUAUAUUUUUUUUAGGAAAAAAUCAAUUUUCCUGAAAAAUUCACUAAAAAUUGGAAAUUUCAAUACUCUCUAUUUUCUUAUGAUUGAAAGAAAAUAUGAAAAUUUUGAAACAGUGAAAUUUUUUGGAAAUUCAAAUGAAUAUUUUUCAGAAAUUCAGAAGAAUUUUCCAAUUUUUUUUUUCAAAAAAAACCAAGAAACUAAUGUUUUUCUCAUGAUUUUCAAAAAAUAUAUGAAAAUUUUGGUAUAAACGCAGAACAGCCCCCCACCUGAUUAUGUCCCCCCCAGGCUCGGCAAAGCCUCGGCAAAAAAAAAACAAAAAAAAAAUAUUUAAAAUGUGUUUCUAUUCUUCCAACCUCACAGGAAAACAAGAAGGGAAGGGGGUUCAAAUGAAAAUGUGGGGGAACGAAAUGAAUUUGCCAAGUGGGGGCUGUAAUGCAUUGGGUGGGGGGCUAUUCUAAGUUUAUACCAAAAUUUUGAAACAUUGAAAUUUUUCAGAAAACAAAAAACUGCUUUAAAAUUUUUAAUCGUUUUUUUAAAGAUAAUUGUCGCACUGAUUUUCCAAAAUAAUUUUGAUGUAAUAAGACAAUUUUGAAACAGUAACAUUUUUCCAAUAGAAUUAUUUUAAGAAAAUUCAGAAAAAUUACUUUUUUCAAAAGGUUUUUUUUUUCAAAAAUAUAUGAAAAUUUCGAAACGGUAAAUAUUUUGGGUUAAAAACGGGAAAAUUAUCAGAGUAUCAACAAAUUAACUCCAAACAUCUUAUUUUUUGAAAUUUUUUUUUUCCUUUUCAAAUCCCCAUUCAAAAAACUCACAAUUUUCCAGGACACAAUUGAAGAAUGGAAAUGUGCAUUCUAUAGCCUCGCCUUAGUUCUCGUUAUAACCGGAAUAAUCUUCCAAUUCCUUGGGCAUGGAAGAACAGAAGCAUGGGGCGAAACACCAUCAAAUUCCACAUCAGUUCGACUUUCGACGUGUACUGUAAAUGGAGAAGAUGGGAUUUGUCGAAUGACUCUUCUAGAAAAGCAUAAUAAAGAUUUCCGAUCGGAAAAUUCAGGAGGUUCGACAAAGAAAAAGGUAACUGUUAUAGUGUGAUUUUUAACACAUUUUUAACCAAAAUUUCAAGGUUUCGCGCGUUUCCUACGCUGGCGAAGAAAUCAUUCUUCCAACUCGUCUAGAAGAUCUCGAAAAUGAUGUUAUUUACAGUAUUGAAGAAGAAGAAAAUGAACAUUAA